GCACUGGUUUUAAUGAAUCUUUGUGAAACAUUGCAGUGGGAUAUUCUGUCAAAUGGUGGAGUUGUUCAAGAGAUGGCACAUAUUGCUAAUGGGAGGGAUACAGGAAAAUGUGUUUCUCUCCUUCGUGUAAAUAGUGCAAACUCUAGCCAGAGCAACAUGCUGAUCCUACAAGAGAGUUGCACUGACCCUACAGCUUCCUUUGUUAUAUAUGCUCCAGUGGAUAUUGUAGCGAUGAACAUAGUGCUUAAUGGAGGUGAUCCAGACUAUGUAGCUCUUCUUCCAUCAGGUUUUGCUAUUCUUCCUGAUGGUAAUGCCAUCGGUGGAGGAGAAGGAGGGUCACUGUUGACAGUUGCUUUUCAGAUUCUUGUUGACUCGGUUCCCACGGCUAAGCUGUCUCUUGGAUCUGUUGCAACUGUUAACAAUUUGAUUGCUUGCACGGUUGAGAGGAUCAAAGCUUCUAUGUCUUGUGAGACUGCUUGAAGAAACACAGAGAGGAUGGUUCGGUUUGAAGAGAAUUUUUUUGGUGUUGAAAGGGGAGGAGCAAGAGCGAACCUUACAAGAUAUACCAUUGAGUAAGGUUAUGUGUUGUAGUGUUAAGUAAUUUUUUUGGUCCCGGUUUC